CAUGGAAAUCUUUCUUUCGGACGUUUGGGAUGAUGCAUCAUGCUCACAUGUCAACACUACACAUCCAUCUGCAUCCCCUUUUUGCAGACUCUCCGUUGUUUGCUCACUCGCAUAUACUCUGGAAUCAGGUACCCAGCUUCAUAGAACAGAACAUCUCGCAUUUGGUAUACCUGUUAUCACCACACUACAUCGCCCGUCCGCCCACCAGCUCACCUCCACCUCCACCACCACCAUGAAGAUCGCAAACCGCACCUUUAUAAUCUCCGGCGGCGCAUCCGGCCUCGGUCUCGCAACCGCCCGCGACCUGCACUCCCACGGCGCGUACGUGUCGCUGCUCGACCUCAACAGCGACGCCGGCUCGUCCAUCGUCGCGGAACUCGGGCCCACACGCGCGCGCUUCUUCCAAGUCGACGUCUCGUCCACGACAUCCAUUGCCACGGCGAUCGCGGGAACGGUGUCGUGGGUGCGUGAAACCGGCAAAGAAAUCGGCGGGGUGGUGGCUGGCGCGGGCGUAGGAAUGCCGGGCAUGAUGAUCGACAAGAAGAACGAGCCGCUCGCGAUUGAGAGUAUUGAUUUUGUGCUGGGUAUCAAUCUACGCGGGACCUUGGAUCUGAUCAGGCAGGCGCUGCCGCAUAUGACGACGAACACGCCCGAGGGCGUGGACGGGGAGAGGGGCGUGGUGGUCAUGGUUGCGAGCUCGGCGGCGUUUGACGGGCAGAUGGGACAGGUUGCUUAUGCGGCUAGUAAAGGGGCGGUUGCGGCGUUGACGCUGCCGCUUGCGAGGGACUUGUCGAGGGUGGGGAUUAGGGCGGUCACGAUUGCGCCCGCGCUGUUUGAGUCGAAUAUGACCAAGAUGAUGAGUGGCAGGGUGAGGCAGAGCUUGGAGAAUGCCAUGGAGUUUCCGAAGAGAGCGGGGCAGCCCGAGGAGUUUGCGAGGACGGUGAGGGAUUCGGUGGAGAAUACCAUGCUGAAUGGGACUGUUAUACGGUUGGACGGAGCGAUGCGCAUGCCGGCCAGGCUGUGA